AUGCAUUUUAAAUCUUACGUGACCGCUGCCCUGUAUGGGUUGCCCGCCCUUGCUCAGGCUGUCCCGUCGCCUUCUUCGCGCGGCUCGGCUUCCUCGCCAUCGGCUGCUAGCUCCAGUGACCACUUCAAGAGCUACACCAUCAAGGCUGAGAACAUCACCGCCAAGCUUAUUCCCUACGGCGCGCGUCUCACCUCCUUGACCGUCCCCGAUCGAGAUGGCAAGGUCCAGGAUGUGGUUGUUGGCUAUGAUGACCCCAUCGAGUACCUGCACGAUAGUGAGACCAAUCGCACCUUCUUCGGCGCAGUUGUAGGUCGCUAUGCCAAUCGCAUCAAAAACGGUACCUUCACCGUCGAUGACAAGACCUACCACGUUCCUGAGAAUGAGAACGAUGGUGUCGACACCCUUCACGGUGGCUUCACUGGCUACGACAUGCGCAAUUGGACGGUCACCGCCCACAGUGAGUCUGCCAUCACCUUCAGCUUGCUCGAUCGAGGCUUUGAGAACUUCCCCGGCGAUGUCAUCACUCAUGCCACUUUCAGUGUCUCCACUGAGACCACCCCGGAGAACCCCAAGGGUCUUCCCCAGCUGACUACCAAGCUGGUUGCUCUCGCUCUGACUGAGAAGACUCCUAUCAUGCUGGCCAACCACAUCUACUGGAACUUGAACGCAUUCAAGGAAAAGAAUGUCCUAGAGGACACCCUGCAGCUGCCUCUCUCCAAGCGCUACAUCGCCGGAGACAGCAUUCUCAUCCCCAACGGCACCAUCUCUGAUGUCGACAACACCUACGCGGGAUCAUUGGACUUCACCACCCCCAAGACAAUUGGCAAGGACAUCAAGAAAACCACCGGCCUCUGCGGUGCCGGCUGCACCGGCUACGACACUUGCUUCUUGGUCGACCGUCCCACCUCAAACGCCCCUGACUCCAUGAUCACUGCCCUCCGUGCUUCAUCCGACAGCACCGGUAUUAGCCUCGAGGUCGCCACCAACCAGGCUGCCAUCCAGAUCUACACUUGCAGCGGCCAGAACGGCAGCAUCGCCACCAAGAAGUCCCAGGCUAAGCGCAACAAGGCUGAUGGUGGUGACGCCGGCGCUACCCACGUCAACAAGUACGGCUGCUUCGUUAUCGAGACCGAGGACUGGAUUGAUGGCAUUAACAACCCUGAGUGGGGCCGUGUUCCUUACCAGGUUGCUGGCCCUGACGAUGGGCCUGUCAUCAACUGGGCUACUUACCAGUUCGGUACAAUCUAA